AUGAUAGGUGGUGGUGAAUCAAUGACAAAUAUACAUCAUACGUCGGAUGUGAAAUUACAAGAGGAAAAACGUCGUUUAGCAUUAUUACAAGAAUCAUUAACUCGUUCAAAUGUUUUAACAAGUGGUAUGGUUGCAACAUUAGAUAAUUUUGAACGUAAAUUAAAAUCCUUAGAUGAACUUGUUACACCUGUUUAUGAAGGAACAAAUGAAUUAAGUUUACUUUUAAAUAAUGUUAAUAAAAGUUUAACAUUAGUUGAUUCAAUAUUACAUUAUUAUGAUAUAUGUGGUGAAUUAAAACCAACUGUAUCAUCAGGUCCAGGUGGAAAUUUAACAGAUUAUUUAUCUGAAUUAGAUCGUCUUGAAGAAGCUGUUAAAUAUUUUAAACGUGUUACAGCUGUUGCUGAACGUGAACGUGUUACACAAUUAUAUGAUCUUGGAAGAAAACGUCUUGUUGAAGAAACAGAUAAACUUAUUUUAAGAUAUGCUAAUCCAUUAUCACCAAAAGAAGUUAUUGAAUUAUGUGAAACAAUAGGUAUAACAAAUAAAAAUGAUAUUCAUUCAAUGCAAGAAGCUGAUAUGGCUACAUUACGUGCCAUAAUUGAAUGGUUUAGUUCACAUGGUUUUCGACAAGGUCUUAUUGAUUCUUAUGCUAUUAAAAGAGGUACAAUGAUUCGACGUUCACUUCAACUUCUUGAUGAACAUGUAAGAAAAAAUUCAAUUCGUCGUGGAUCAACAAUAUUAGCGAAUUCAAGUCCAACUACUUCUCAACAAGGACAAUCAAGUUCAGAUACAUUAAGAAAACAAGGAAGAAGAUUAGGUGAAAUGAGUCGUCGUUUAAUACGUUCACCAGCUACAAGUACAUUACCACGUGGUAUGAAUUCUCCAUUAUCAUCAUCUGUAACAACUAUGGAUGAUACAGUUAUUAUUGAAACAAGUGAUGAUCAUGAUACAAAUAAUUAUAAAUUAUUACUUGAUGCAUUUAUUGCACUUUUACAACGUGAUCGUGAUUUAUUAAAUUAUGUUUUUCCACAAGAAUUACAAUCACUUGUAUUUACAAAAUUAAUUGAAUUACCAUUAGUACAUAUGCGUGAAGUUGCAUUAAAUUUAUGUGAAUCAAUUGAACGUUUACCAUAUAAAUUAGAUGCAGGAAAAUUUGCAGUUUAUGGAUUAUUUUCUAUUUUACAAUGGUUUUUAAAAUCUCGACCAACAUUUUCAAAACUUUAUCAAGAAAGUGAUAUUGCUCGACGACAACAAUUUACAACACUUUCAGCAACAUUUGAACAAUCAGCAGUUAAUUGUCUUCGAGCAAUUUUAGAUGAAGUUCGAUUAGAUUCAUCAUUACCAAGUCAAGGUGGUAAUGUUCAUCCAUUAACAUCACAUGUAUUAGCUUUUAUGGAAGGUUUACUUGCCUAUGAAGAUACAGCUACUAUAAUUGCUUCGAUUUAUGUUGAACAAGAGCAGCGAACAAAUAGUGUUGGUUUAUCAGGAACAGAAAAAGGUCUUUAUGAUUUGGGAAUAUAUUUUGCUCAAUUGGUUCGAUGGCUUCAUGCAAGUUUAUCGAAAAAAACUGAAGGUUAUAUGUCACGUCAUGAUACAACUAUUCGAGCAAUAUUUCUUCUCAAUAAUGUUAAUUAUCUUCUUAAACGACUUGAAAAUUCACCUAUUUUUGUUAUUAUUCAACGUUGUCAACCUGAUCUAAAAUCAAAAUAUGAAGAAGAUUUUAAAACAAGUUUAAAGGAUUAUACAAGAUGUUAUACUCCAUUAGUUAUUGCUAUUCAACAAAUGCUCGAAUAUGAUAAUGUUCAUCGUUUAUCUGAUGGAAAAUUACGUUUACGUGAUCGUGAACAAUUAAAAGAUAGUUUUGCAUCUGUUAAUACAGCUAUUGAUAAUUUACGACAACAAUGUCAAGAAUAUAUUGUUAGUGAUGUUGAUUUACGUGAUCGUUUAAGAAAAGAAGGCAAAAUGUUAAUUAUGGAUAUGUUUCGAACUUAUUAUAAUAAAUUUGCAAAUAAAGAUUUUACAAGAAAUCGAGAAAAAUAUACUCGUUAUGAUCCAAUUACACUUGAAACAAUUAUUGAUAAUUUUUUUGAACAUCAUUUAUAA